AUGGCUACGAAAGAAAAAGUAAAGAAGAAGGCAAAGCAUUUUGGAGAACAAAAGGAUGAUGAAAGGCCAGGUAGUGCCCAUAGUCAGAUCAGUGUGAAGGAAGCAGAAACAACAAAAGACAACACUGGGGACAGUGGUGCACAAGAGAAGUUUAUUGAAGAUGAGAACAAGCAGGAGAAAGAUGAGACAACAAAACAGAGAGAUAAAAAUAAGCCAAGUCCUUCUGGUACACCACAAAAACAAAAAGCUAGCCCUAUGGGUACUCCACAGAAAAGCAAGAAUCGUGAUAGUACCCCAAGUAAAAAGAACAAAGUUGAGGGAACUCCGAAGAAAGGUGGGAAAAAGAGCCCAGGUGUACCAGAAAGAUCACCAAGCCCUGCUCUCUCGCUGGUGCCUUCAGAAGAUACAAGAAGAUCUCCAUCACCAUACCGCAAAAAUAAAGUAGAUCCAAGAACCAGAGCUAUAGAAAUGGGGAGUGCUGUAUCUAUCAAAACUACAUCAACUGUCAAAGGUUUGGAUAGGACAAGCUUGGGAAGCAAGGAUGAGGAAAUCUCUCAGAAUGCAUACAUUCCUUACCUCUAUGCAAGGCGAUGUAUAGCUAAGGUUGUUGAUGACCUAAAGAACAUGAAGCACAACCACAUCAGGAUUGUAGGUGACAUACAGACACAGUACAAGGAGAUUGAGGAUGAAACACAGUCCCAGUUCAACAUCUUCGUCUUUGCCCUGAGAGAUCAGUAUUCUAACAAGGUGCAGACGUUUAAACAGGUGAUUGAUGUGCAUCGUGUAGACUUACAGAACAAGGAGGCUUACUGGAAUGAAAUGCUAGCAAGUUUAGCUGAGAGAAACAACAGACUUCUCAAAGACAAGAAAGUACUACUCAUCCAGAACAAAGUAGAGAUAGAGAGAUUAGAGAAAGAAAAGAUGGAGAUGCAGACAGAGCUAACACAACAGCUGGAUAAAUCCAAUGCUGCUCUGAUCGCAGUGGAGAAAGACACUAGUACUGCUGAUGAAUUGAAGGCUGUGGUUGUCCAGCUUGAUGCUCAGAAAGCUGAAGUUGCAAGACUUGAAGCAGAGCUGGCUGCUAGCAAAACUGUAGGUGCAACUGCUGUGACUGCUGCUGCAGUCGUAGCAACCAAAGACACAGAGUCCAUCCAAGAGGAACAGAAGGAAGUCGCGAAAACGACCGCUCCUUUGAUGGCAGCUGCUGUGAUCAGUGAUAACGAGAAAUCAAAGAUUGCUAAUGAAAGAGACCAAAUGGAAGAUGAGAGACAAAAGUACGAUGAUGAAAGGAGGAUGAUGGAAGAAGAUAGAAUGGGGUUUGACAAUCAGCGCCAAGAAUGGCUUGAUGAGAUCAAAGCCCUUCAACUUGCCGUAGCCGUCAACACCAAAGAGAGUGCUGAGUGGAAAGCCAAGUACACAGGAAUGAAGACACAGCUAGAAGAUAGCGCAACACUACAUGCUAAGUACAAAGCCUUGGAGGACCAGUAUAUGGCUAUGGCUGCCAUUGUUGCUGCAUCAGACUCCUCCAAGAAACAUGCUGAGGAGAAUGCUAAGAAGACUAAAGAGGAGAAGAAUAUGAUGGUAGUGGAGCAGGACAGGACAGACAAUGAAAUACAACAGUGGGAGGAAGACUUCGUCCAGAAGAAUGGCCGGCCUGCCACAGAUGAUGAAAAGCCAGAUUCUGUGAAGGAGUUAUAUGUUCAGAAGGAAGAAUUAGCUACCAUGGUGAAUACACUUGACAAGAAGUUAGAUACAUUUUCAAAAGUGGAAAAAGGAAAAAUUCCAGAUCCUCCUGAAGUACCUCCAGUUCCUAUUGUUGUCAAGGAUCCGGAAGUACAGAUGGUUGAGGUAAGAGUGCCAGAUCCAGCCUUAGUGACGCAGUUGGAGGCAUCCUAUGAUGAGAUCCGUAAGUUGAGAGAACAGAUAUCAGCUCUGCAGCAGGAAAACCUGACCCAGAGCUCUCAGAUUUCUCAGCAGAAUGAAGAACUGUCCAAGCAGAGAGAUCGCAUUAGUGAACUGGAGCUGGAAAUAGCUGCAUUGAAGGCUGCAGCUGGAGCUGCUGCAGCUGCUGGAGCUAGCAGUGCUGAACUGGAUGAAUUGAAGAAAGAAAACAGGGAAAUGAAGAAGGACAUGAAGAAGUUGCUUAAAAAGCUAGAGAAGAACAAGACAGAAAGUGAUCCAACAACUGUUGAAUCACCAGAACAAAAGAUUUCAACCUUGGAGGACAAAAUCACUGAUCUUGAGUCUGAAAAUGAGGGUUUGCUGGAGGACAAGAAUAAGCUGAUUUCUGAGAGAAAUAAUCUGCUGGAACAAAUGACAGCACUACAGCUCCAGGUAGCUACAGCAGAGACAGCAGCCCAUGUAGGUACAAGUGAACCAAGUGCACCGAUAGUUCCUGUAGCAGCACCAGUCCCUGUACAGUCCAGUCGUGGUGGACAGGAGUGUUCUGUGCCUGGCCAUGCCGACCUGGUGGAACAGUUAGAGAAAAAGACAGAGGAGAUAGCAGAGAAGGACAUCAGAAUACAAGAUCAAGAACAGCGUAUCUCUGACAAAAUACAGGAGAUUGAGAAGAUCAAGAGUGAACUAAAGGAGAUGAGGAAGGACAUGAUGAAAAUGGCCAAACAGCAUAGCAAACUUCAGCUCAAGCUCAAAGAUCUGGCUGAGUUUGAGAAAACCAAAAAAUUGUUGGCAGCUGUAGCUAAAUAUGUACAUGAGAUACAUGGUGAGAAUCCUGAUGCAGCCAAUGGUGUAGUUACCAAACUGACCCUGGUUACUGCUGAUGUGGCUUCAGCUAGGUCUCCUUAUGACCAAAGCCAGAAAGCUGUGGAUACAUGGGAGGAGAAAUACAAGAAAAAGAAUGGAAAAGCUUCUGGUGAAAAAGACAGGGAUGCUGAAGGGAAAAAGGUUUAUGCUGCCAUGGAAGAAAAGAAGACAGUGCUAGAUGAUUCCAAAAUAAAUAUGGAAGCUCUUCAGAUUAUGAAGACAGGGGACUACAUUGCUCCAGUGUCUCGUCAAGUUUCCUCAGUACAGGAUAUUAAAGUGGUGGAACAGAUUGAACACCAGAUGUCAGCAAUGGACAACAAAGUGUCUGACUUGGAGACAGAGAACGAUGAACUGAAGAAAGAGCGAAGUCAGAUGGCUGCCAAGAUGAAGGACCUGGAAACCAAAUUGGAGGAGGCCAAGAAUCAGGCAGAACUCCAGACCACCCUAGCUAUGGGUACCAACACAGAGGAAUUGUCGGAACAGAUCACCCGCCUCCAGUCUCAGGUAACAAGUUUGGACACAGCUUUGUCUCAGGAAAAAGCUGCACACCAAAACACCAAGGAUGAGCUCGAAAACCUCCACAAGCAGAUGGCUGUGUUACGAGAGGAGACAAAUAAUGAGAAGGCUGACAUCAAAGCUAAAAUAGACAGCAACAACAAAACAUCCAAGGCUAUCAUUAAGGCUAUGGAACAGGAGCUGGACAAGUCCAAGACUCGAAUUGAUGAGUUGGAGAAGGAAAGACUGGCCAACGUACCGAUGGACACAGCCAAGGAAAUAAAAAAUCUACAGACUAAGAUUGCAGCCCUUGAGAAGGAGAAGACUACCUCAGGUACAGCAGCUGCUGGACUAACUGGUCAGUUGUCUGAACUACAGACCAAGCUAGACAGUGCUAACAAAAAUCUGGAGAGCCAGCGAGCGGCAAAUAGGGAUCUGGAGGCCAAGUUUAAGAAUGCUAAAACAGAAAAGGAUAAGGCUGUGAGAGAUGCAGUGUCAGCACAGGAAAAGAAGGACCAGACCAGAAUCAACGAUGACAAAAAACGGAUCAAUGCACUCGAGAAAAGGAUCAAGGAGCUGGAAUCUGCUGGAGUAAAACCAGGCAUUGGUGCUGUAGUAGCAGGGGGUAAGGGUGGUACCUCUGAUGCUGCAGUGAAGGCUAUGAGAGAACAAAUGACCAAAAUCAAACAAGAGAACAAUGAGCUGAACAUGCGACUCAAACAACUGGAAAUGGACAUGAAGCGGUGA